AUGAAGAAUAUUAGAGAUAAUUCCAAAAGUAUUGAACAACCAACCACAUCUUCAUUAUCAUCUGCAUAUAGUACAAUAAAUAUUGAUAGUGAAAUAUAUGAUAAUUUGAAUGACCUUUAUUUUGACAAAAUGGCAGUAGAAGUAGCUAAGGCAUAUGCUAAUUCAAUAUCACAAUUAAUAUAA